CGGCCCCUCCGACCGCCGCCCCGCGCGCCCCUCGGGCGGUGUUGGGAAGGAGGAGCCGGGGAGGCGAGAGGACGAUUCUCUACCACCGCCCAUUGGCCCGCAGCCUAUUGGUCCGCCGCUGCGGCCAAUGAGAUGGCGGGGUAGAGUGCGGCUCUCGCGAGAGCGGUGUAAGGCCGGGACGGUGGAGCCAUGUUGCGCAUCGCUGCUCCAGAGGUGUCAGAGCACAUUAGUCAUAGCAGAACACAACAAUGAGACUCUUACACCCAUUACACUAAAUACUAUCACUGCGGCAAAACGUCUUGGAGGUGAAGUUUCUUGUUUAGUAGCUGGUACCAGCUGUGACAAGGUAGCACAAGAACUCAGCAAAGUGCAAGGUGUUGCAAAAGUUCUGGUGGCUCAGCACGAUGUGUACAAGGGGUUUCUAGCAGAGGAGCUGACUCCCUUGAUUGUGGAAACUCAUAAAAAUUUUAAUUACACCCACAUUUGUGCUGGAGCGUCUGCCUUUGGGAAGAAUCUUAUUCCCAGAGUGGCUGGCAAACUUGAUGUUGCCCCUGUUUCUGACAUUAUUGAAAUUCAGUCACCAGACACUUUUGUGAGAACUAUCUAUGCAGGAAACAUUCUUUGCACUGUGCAGUGUGAUGAAGCAGUUAAAGUAUUUACUGUACGGGGAACUUCCUUUGAGGCUGCACCCACCAGUGGUGGUAGUGCCACUUUAGAAAAAUUAACCCCUCCACCACCUGUUGGUCUAUCUGAAUGGAUUGAGCAGAAGUUGACAAAAAGCGAUCGACCAGAGCUUACUAGUGCAAAAGUGGUUGUAUCAGGUGGGAGAGGCUUGUAGAGAGGCGAAAAUUUUAAGUUGUUAUAUGAUCUUGCAGAUCAGCUACAUGCUGCAGUUGGAGCUUCCCGUGCAGCUGUUGAUGCUGGCUUUGUUCCUAAUGACUUGCAAGUUGGACAGACGGGCAAAAUAGUUGCACCA